GAGGAAGGCCAGGCCUGUGUGGCUCCCGGAGCAAGGGUUGGCUUUCAGCGGUGGCCACAAUGGCUGCUCACUGCCGGGGCACAGAGCUCGAUCUUAGCUGGAUCUCCAAAGUUCAAGUGAAUCACGCGGCCGUGCUGAGGCGGGCCGAGCAGAUCCAGGCCCGCAGAAGCGUGAAGAAGGAAUGGCAGGCUGCGUGGCUCCUGAAAGCUGUCACGUUUAUAGAUCUUACCACGCUUUCUGGCGAUGACACAUUUUCCAACGUUCAACGACUCUGCUAUAAAGCCAAAUAUCCAAUCCGGGCAGACCUCUUAAAAGCUUUAAAUAUGGACGACAAAGGCAUCACCACAGCUGCAGUCUGCGUUUAUCCCGCCCGGGUGUGCGACGCUGUGAAGGCAUUGAAGGCUGCAGGCUGCAGCAUCCCCGUAGCCUCAGUGGCCACUGGCUUUCCAGCUGGACAGACUCAUUUAAAGACUCGGUUGGAAGAGGUCAGACUGGCAGUGGAGGAUGGAGCUACUGAAAUCGACGUGGUCAUUAACAGGACCUUGGUGCUGACGGGCCAGUGGGAAGCCCUCUAUGAUGAGAUCACUCAGUUCCGAAAGGCCUGCGGGGAGGCCCAUCUCAAAACCAUCUUAGCUACGGGUGAACUCGGCUCUCUCACCAACGUCUACAAAGCCAGCCUGGUAGCAAUGAUGGCAGGAUCAGAUUUUAUUAAGACCUCUACUGGAAAGGAAACAGUGAACGCCACCUUCCCGGUCGCCAUCGUGAUGCUGCGGGCCAUUAGAGAUUUCUUCUGGAAAACUGGAAACAAGGUGGGCUUCAAGCCUGCAGGAGGCAUCCGUACCGCAAAGGAGUCCCUUGCGUGGCUCUCUCUGGUGAAGGAGGAGCUAGGGGACGAGUGGCUGACGCCUGGCCUCUUCCGGAUAGGGGCCAGUUCUCUGCUCUCAGACAUUGAGAGACAGAUUUACCAUCACGUGACUGGACGCUACGCAGCUUAUCACGAUCUUCCGAUGUCUUAGGUCAGCAGCCAGCCCAGAAAAGCAUCUUGCAACAAAUUGUUCAAAAAAAAAAAUGUUUUUGCAUAAUUGCUAAGGUUAUGUAAUUUUGGAACAGCUAACUGACUUUCCCCCAUUAAAAUCUCCCCUGAAAUCAACGCAAAACAAUAAAGGGAAGCAAGCCAGCUGAAUCUAAAUGUGGACUCAGAUCAGGAGAGGUUGAGAUGGUCUUCAUUACCAGGAGGUCCGCAUUUAUUAAUUUUGUGAAGAUUUCCUCUGAAAAACUCAGAAUAAAAUGUUUCUAGUACCCUGUACUGCAGAAAAUUCUGAAGGGACAGUGAAGUUAAAUUGCCUGAGACCUGAGAUCCUAGGGCAGGCAGGGCCUUGGAGGGAAGGGUGCUGGUUACCAAAUCUGGCACACCUGUUCAGCUCUGGGCAACUACAGGGUGGACAAGGAGAGCCGGCUCCAAAGGCGGUCCUCUGACUUCCACACAUCCGUGCCCCCUACCUCUGACACAUAAUAAAUACAUUUAAAACUGUGAUAAAAAUGAGAAUGGGUGCUAUAGCAAGGGGAUGCUCUGUCAUCCUGUGCUGCCUACCGAUGUGGAGCCCUGCCCCGGGUGUCCACUUGACUCUCUGUGCUCUACUGAACACUUUUUAGUAAUUGUUUUGCUAAUGAGAUUGUGAUGUUGUUGCAAGAAAAUGUGGAUAUCACUGAAUUUUUAAAUACAAAAAAAUCUCUGUG